UUUGCGCAUGCGCGGUAUCAUAGCAACAGUGAUAAACAGAAACAGUGGCCAAGAUGUCAUCGCCGCGGGAGCUUGAGGCAGCAGAAUACCUCGAGAAACACAAACUUAUUGAGCUGAUGGAUAAUUUAACUAGUAUGCUCUUCUUCUACAGACCAGAUCGUCCUAAAGAAUUUCUGAUCGACCAACUUGAAAAACUGAAAGUUCAUCCAGGAAAGCCUCCGUGCCUCUUUAACGAGUCCAAUCUAGAUGCGCUGUUUGGAGUCCUGGAUCCUUCCCAUCAAGGCUUUAUCACUUACAGUCAGUACAAAGAAGCACUGAAGACACUUGGCAUCAAGAAUUUCAAUGAGUUCCCAGAAGGAGCCAGUGAUGACAGAAUAUCACAAGAGACGUUCAUAAGAGAGGCGACAGAAGGGCUUGUCGGAAGUGCAGCAACAGUCCAGCUAUAGGAGAAUUCUGCCCGAAGUAUCUUUACAAUUGCUUUAUAUAAAAACCGUACUUACUGUAGUAUGCAUAUAUAAAUAAAUGAUAUAAAACAAGCAUCUAAUACAAAC